AUGGACGUGAUGGCCACCCUUGGGCUUAAGGUGCAACGUACAGAGGCCCCCGACCUCGAGCAGCAGAAUCAAAACACGAACCGCGUACUCCUCGGGGAACCCGAAUGGAGAGAAUCUUUGGUUAACCCGCAGUGCAUGAUUAACAAUCCAGGGCCAACAUGCAACUCUAUGCUGCUACAGCAUGACAACAAGCUUGACGACACACCUAAGGAGCCCCAAAAAAACGCACAGCUGAGAUAUAAAAUAAUGAAACAGGCGCAGAUUAUCCUCAACCUCACUAAGAAGCACAAAGAAGCCGUGGGCCGGUUUGAACAACACACGGCAAAUAUCACAUACGAAUUCGAGGAACAGAAAAAGAAAGUUUCCCACCUCGAGUUCCAAAAAAAAAAAGCUUCCUCUGCGCUAGAAAAGCGAGAUGCGAAGAUGAAGGAAGUCUUCGGUGACAUCUCCAGCACGAUGUUUUUGGAGCUCGAGUACCAAGAAGAACUGAUCAACGAGAUGACACCAGGCGAAGGAGAGUUUUUCCAGCCAAGCCACAAUACCCUAGUGGAUCUGGUUGAAAUCAUUGAGCAAUGGACAGCAGACGACAAACAUUCAGAGAUGAUGUUCAAUCUUGAAGAUGGGCCGCAUUUUGAACAGCUAUACGCGGAACUGUUGUCUCGAUUCAACGAACAAUCAUGCUAG